GUCCACUGUCACUUUCAGACUGUCUGCAGGUGGAGGACAGAAGAGGAGACUGAGACAUGAUCCCACUGAGGCUGGUCGUCUUCGGCCUGCUGGCUGCAGCUUGGUAUCUACCUGGUGCUGCUGAGGGAGAGAUGAUCUACGCCUGUCACAAUGAAACAGCUGAGAUAUCAUGUGACGUCGGCAGUAAGAUCCAGCUGGAACACAUCCUGUACAAGGUCGGCGUGGGGACGAGGUGUGGGGAGGGGAAACAGCAUCCUGACGACGGGCCCGACACCUUCUGCUCCUUCCCCUGGUCUGAGAUGGUGGUGGAGGAUCUCUGUGGGAACAGGAGGUCGUGUGAGGUCCCCGUCACUGAGCGAGUGUUCGGUGAAUACGCCUGUGAGGAGCCGACCCGGUACCUGGAGGUGUCCUAUACCUGCGCCACGCCCCCCCCUCCACCUCCUCCUCCACCUCCACCCAAACCUGACUGUGAAGACAAACCCGCCACCGAAGCCUGAUGAAUUUAAAACUUUAUUGUUCAUCUGUGUGGACAGAACAGUGUGAAGACGCAUCGACUCCAAUGAGAGACGAAGCAGAACCUGGUGUCAGAGCUGAA